AAAACUUUUCAUGUCUUGUUAAAGAAGAAGCUGGAAGCGAAAGUCAAAAGUGUACAGGGACACUUUGACUUUACUGUGUCGACUCGCCUCACACAACCCGUUACAGGCAGACCGGACAGUAGACGGCCGUGUUAAGGAGCGGGAAUAAUCAAAGGAAAACGUUUUAUCCACACACCGACGGUCGUGGAAAAGUCCAUUUAAGGGAAAAGACUGUAAAGGGAUGGCCAGGAAGUUUCAAAGUUUGGCGUUGGUCGUUUUAAGCUUCCUCUCUGUGACAGCUGAAGCCCAACAAGGUCAAAUUUUACAACUACAAAAUGUCUCCCUGCAAUGGAUUAAUGAUUUUCAAACACAGGUGUCCUGGGCACCAGUGGGGAACUGCUCAUAUUAUGGGUAUUUGAAAAGCAGCAGACAAAGUAAUAUUGCUAAUCCCUGGCAGAAGUACGUUGUGAUGGAAGGCGGAUCCCUGCAGUUAACGGUUGAAGCUACCUGUAACGGCUCACGUACAUACAAGGCCACCAUCAACCGGACUUACCCAGACCUGGUGAGGGAUUUGCAGUGCUACCUCUAUGCCGAAAACAAAACCCGCUGCUCCUGGAACCCAGUCAGUCCACAUGUUCCAGAUUUCAAGUUUUUCUAUAGGUUAAUAAAUGAGGCUUUCACGGCAUCAGCUGACCUUAAGCCCUCUUUUGACGUCAAAGAGUGCUCAUUGUACCAUUUCAAUGCUGAAGGAGUCAAGACUGGUUGUGAUCUGGACGCGGGCAUCCACAACAACAUUGACAUUUCGUUUAAUGGAACUCUGAACAACAUGUUGGCCAGGAACACCUUCAAGAUAAAGCUUAUAGAUAAUGUAAGACAUCCUGCCCUCAAGUGGACUGUCACUAAAACUGGGAAUAAAUUCAAUAUGAGAUGGACUCCUCCUGUCAUCCGAGGCCUGAAUUGGAUGUUUGAACUUAAGUACACUAAGUGUAAUGAAACUCAGACUCACGAGAUAAAAGGAGGAGAAACAUCAUUCGAGUUGCACGCCGACCCUAACUGUCCGUACAGUAUGGCUAUUAGAGCAGUGGCUAAGACAAACAGUGACAACCGAAGAAAGAUACCAUGGAGCGAAGAGAAACACUUUGGUGCAGAUACAGUUCCUAAUGGGUGGCUGUAUGCUGCCAUUAUCAUCCCAGUGAUGUUCGGUGUCCUGGCAGUGCUGAUGUUUGUGUGUUUCAAGAAGAAUAAGGAAAAUAUUUUCCCCAAAGUACCAGAACCUCGGGACCUCCUCACCGAUAUUUCUGACAACAACAAUAAGUACAAUGUUCACAACCUGUACAUCCAAGCAGAGGAAGAAGAGACCUGUAAAAUCACUCUCUUGGUAGAUCCCCUAAACAGGAAACCUGACUUCUGACCCACCUCUGCAGCGGCAACAACUUGAAUCUACAGCAGCUGGAAGUCUCCCAAAUUCUUGGUGCACUGGCUCAACAAAAAAUUAGGAGACUUUACUGUUAAACUGAAUCAAAGAGAUUGGUUAGCCAAGUGCAUCAAGUGAGAUGUCAACUCAGUCUUCCAUUUUAUCAAAACAAACAAACAAACAAAAAAUAACUAUAGCAGCUACUGCAUUCUGGUGCAUUGUUGUUCCCAAACUGAUGCAGCUCCAAUCAAACUUCACACGGCUUACUCACUGUUACUUAUUUAAAAACAGUAGUACAGAAGUGACUUACACUGAAUGGCAUGGAACUGAAGGUCCUUGUCUUAUCAGCCCAAAUAUGCCACCGCAUUACGCCAAAUUCACAUCAGUAUUCCAUAUUUAGAAAUCCUCAUCACCAUGAUAUAUUAACACACACCAGCAGCUCCUUGUUAGGAAAUGCAGUCAGUUAGUUACCUUGGAGUCCUGACCUCCACCGGGGUUGCCGAAGCUUUAUGGGGGGGUUGUGAGGCCUUCUUGAUGUAAAGGGAGUAUGAAGACUUGAGAGGAAAAACCCCAUUCAUUUCUGUGAAGAAAAGUAAAUGAAAUAGGUAUUUUUAAAGCUUAGGUUAUGAUUCAAGAUCCAAACUUUUUUUAAAAAACCUCACAGGAUAAGGGCAAAGUGAACACAAGAUUGAGUGCUCCAGGAAUGAAUCCCAGAACCUGAAAAUGAGUUAGCAUUUUAGCAUCCCAGAUUCCCUCACCUUGAAGUCAAUGGGUUUUUGGUUUAAAGCCUGAAAUAAGGUGUGGGGUUAACACAAGCUUAAGAGACUUUAACGUUUUGUUCUAUGCCAUAAGAUACGUUAAGUUGUUUGUUUGCCACAGAGCUUAUUUUCUGUAGCAACCCCCAAAUCCAGCGGAAAAAUCCCAUAGGCAUUUUGCUAAAGCUAACUUCUGUGUCGGCCAGUUGAAAAACGUCAUCCCUGCUGCGCUCUAUAUUCUCAGAGCCUUCACUCUCAGUUUAACAGCUUUGUCCUGCAUUAAAUAAAUAUGCAGUUAAAGCAACCAAAGAGGUAAUGGAGCAAUGACCAAGCUUUAGGUAGAAGAAAACACUGAAUGAAGCCUAUUUAGUAUUUAUGGUAGUUAAAACAAAAUCUAUAUAAAUAUCAGGAAAACUCAUCUCUAAUACAAUAUUCACAGGAAAUCUGCUCAAAACUCAUCCAAGACUCUUGUUUUACACAAACAUCCCGCAGGUUUUGCAUUCACUAUUUGGGUUAGCUGUACAGUUUAUCAGUUGUUCUGUCAUUAUUGUUAUACAUUGGAUAUAAUUUGUCACUUAGUCAGUUAGUUUACUGAAAUACAGACUAGGGUUCCUUUAAGGAAAACGACAGGGAACUACUUUCCUACAUGACCACGUUUUUCUCUGAGCAUUAAGUCUUUUGUUGCACUUAAUAAUUCCCCUGCUGCUGUGCUUCGGGCACCACUUUCAGGUAAUUUACACAUUCAUGUGUCCCUAGAGGUGCUGAAGCAAUAUAGAAAACAUUUUUUAUAACUUUUUUGAUAAGUGAUUUUUAGGAUUUACCAGGCAUUGAAUGCGAGCUUAUGUUUGGAUUUUCUGCUUUUUGAGAGGGUGAAGGUAGCUUGGAGGCUGAAAACCAUGUGUUCUACAGAGAUUUCACCGAAGCAUUGUCCUCUGAUUGUUUGCUAUGUGAUUGGACAAAGGUGGGUGCAGCCACUUUUUAAGUAAAGACUGAUGAUAUUUCUUUGGAUUACCUGUCUGCAGAGCUCCAGCAGGAGCGUAGAUAGAUGUGAAUUUCCAGGCAGUUGAUUUUCAGCCCAAGUAUACAGGCUGAUAGUUUCACAUUGAACCCUGCUGAUCUAUUUAAACUUAUACUAUUUAACUUGUGCUUAAAUUCUCCAAUGAUUUCCUUUCGCCUUUUUUAUUCUGCUUUCAAAACAGCUCUGAGAUGUUUGUAGAAAUGAAAAUCAUAUGAAAGGUAUUACAUUUGCUCUCUCUUGAGAGAGGAAUACAAUAUAUUGAAUGUGUAAUGUUUUGAGAAGUCCAGGAAUGAUUGGACUUGUAAAAAUCUCUUUAAGCUCAGAUAUACUGUUACUAUUACCACCCCCUUUUUUAUUCUGUUGAGGACUAUGACCAUGAAAUGAAUGAAGCACUCGUGUAAAGAUACGUAUGUAUUGAUAUUGUUACUGUACAGUUUGAAACAGUGAUAGAUUGAAUGUUUUGAUGACGUGCUCAGACUGGCUAAUGCUGGGUCCAACUUUUGUGUGGUUUAUAAUUCAUUUUAUGAUACUCUGAUAGUUUUUCAAUAAAUAUAUGUAAUUUCUGCACAGAAAGUUUUUAAUUACACACCUCGAAAAUGUAGUUAUUUUUAAAAAAAAAAACGUAUCAAGCAUUGUGUAGCUGAAGUAAAGGAACAGUUUGACAUUUUACUUAAGAAAUGAGAAACAUUGUAAUUAUAGUUUGAUUUAGUUAACUUUACAAUUAUCACAUUAUAUCUCAUUUGUUCGUUCUGUUAUUAAAGCAUAUUGUGGUUUCAUGGGGGAUUAUA